GAUUGUUUUGGACUUUUGGUGAUUCACUCAAUUACAAAGUUUUAUUAAUUCGUCAUUUAAAUCUUAUUUACUGAACAAAAAGAGAUUAAUAUAAUGUUUUCCUCAAAUCCCAAUUACACUAAACUAAAAACGCACUUGAGGCUUGCAAUAAACCGUCUAAAAUUAUUGGAAAAGAAAAAAACUGAGCUAGCACAAAAGGCAAGGAAGGAAAUAGCCGAAUAUAUUGCAAGUGGCAAAAGUGAGAGGGCUAAAAUUCGUGUAGAACACAUUAUCAGGGAGGACUACAUGGUGGAGGCGAUGGAGAUAGUUGAGAUGUACUGUGACCUGGUGCUUGCUCGGUUUGGCCUCAUCACUCAGAUGAAGGAGCUGGACGAGGGGCUCUGCGAGGCCAUCUCUAGCCUCAUCUGGGUUGCUCCGAGGAUGCACACCGAUGUACAGGAACUGAAAGUUGUAUCAGAUUUGUUGACUGCCAAGUAUGGGAAAGUAUAUGCAGAUGCCUGCAGGAAUGAAAGUGUGGCGACAAUCAGUGAGAAACUAAGGCACAAACUGUCCGUCCAGAGUCCACCGAAAAUACUCGUGGAGAAGUAUCUUAUAGAGAUUGCCAAAAAUUACAAUGUGGAGUACACACCUGAUGAACAAGUUAUGAGGGAGGAUGAAGCCAGGGAUGCUAUGCUGAUAGACAUAAACGGUCCACCAAAUCCCCCCGGCUUCAUCGGUUAUCCUGCACCACCACCGAUGCCACAAAUGCCAAACUUACCACCACCAACAGGGCAGCCUUUCAGCUAUCCAUCUCAUGGCAAAGUCGGUGGAUUCAUUGCUGGUCCACCCGGCAACAACAGACCUCCCAUGACUUAUAAUGUACCUCCAGGAGUUGACUCUAAGACCCUCAGUAACAGCUUCUUACAGGAUGAAAUGCACAAUCUACCGCCAGCUUAUGACAGCAUAGCUCAUGAUAUGCCGUCGCAUAUACCCAACGCGCCCAACGUGUCCCCACCGCAGCCGCAGCCGCAGCCGCAGCCGCAGCCGCGCACCAAACCCACCACCAGCAACUACUUCCCCGAGUUACCGGAGUUGCCGUCCGUGCCGUCCGACCUGCCGGCGGUACCGCAGGAGCCUAACGAAGGAGCCACGGGCCCGGACGAGAUUGACUUUGAAGAUCUGAACAGACGCUUCGAGGAGUUGAAGAAGAAGAAAUAAAUGUUGAUAUCGCGGUUCAUAAUAUACAGUGUGUAACAAAAAUAAGUGAUAAUACUGUAGGGUGUGU